CUAUCAAAAUCUCAAAAAAUUAUGGCAAGGCGAGUAAAAUGAAAAAAUACCUAGCGAUAUGAUAGGUAUAAUAUAAUACUACAAAUUGUGAACAAAUUCAUUUCAUUGCUAAUUGUUCUUAUUACUGAGCUGAUUUUUUUCCAAAAAUGUCGACUGAAAAAUCGGUUUUAUCCGCAAAAAAUGCCGCAGGCCCGCAUGGAUUAGGAGAUCCAGCAGACAAGAGCCUAAGAAAAGUGGAGGUUGAAGUGCUCAUACCGAAACUAAUGAGAGAAAAAGCCAAAGCUGAGAAAUGUUCAGAACAAGUAAAAGAAUUUGAAAAAUGUUGCAAAGAUUCCUCAUUGUUAAUGGUAGUAACUUGUAGGAAACAGAAUGCUGCUAUGAAGGAAUGUCUAACCAAUUGGUAUAGAGAUGAAGAAUUUCGAAAUAUAUGCACAGAAGAAUAUUUAAAUGAACGUAGUGCAUACAGACAAUCUGGCAUCAGAAAACCUAUAAAACGAGCUUAAAGAUAGAUUUAUGUAGAUAGUUAUAUUUUUAGUGUAAAUAUGAAAUAAAUGAAAUUGUUCAAUCAA